GAUGACUGAGAAGAUUCUAAACCCUAUAAGCCCCUCCCCAGCGUAUCUAUAGUCUCUAUUUUCUUCUCGUUGUCUCACAGUUUCUCCGGCGUGAAUCGUCGCCUCUCCGCCGCGAUUUUUCACUUCACAUUGCGUCGGAUUGGAGGUUUGAGCGUAUUCUUCAUUGUGGAGAGGAGAUUUUGAGAAAUCUUAGAAGUUGCGGUGGAUAAUUUUAAAGAUUUUGCUUCAUCUUUGAACUUGGUUGCAUCUGUGAUUUGGAUUAAGCUUGAGAGAGUGUUGCCUGAGUAUAAAUUAUAUUUGGUAAGAGACUCAUUGAGAAUCAGAGUGAGUAUCAGUUGGAAUAGGGUUUCAAGAGAUGUAUUUGAAACACUUGAUCUCUGGUAAUGCGGUAAACAGGGUUUCAAGAAUCAAUGGAAGGAGAUAUCUUUAUGGAUUAGCCAUUUCUGCACCCCCAAAUUCUUCUACUACUUCAUUCCAUUCAUCAAUUACCCACUCUUCAAAACCUUCCCUUAGCUCUAAUAAAUUUGGGAGUUGGAAUUGGAGAUGCAUUCACUCUACUCUGUCAACUAAACUGAGCUACCACUCAGCUAAUGAUCUGAUACUUGCUUCCGACGAUCAGGCAGAGGAGGAAGAGGGUGCCAUUAACGAGUUCCUGUCUCGAUUCGUCUGGAUAAUGCGAGGUAAGCUCUCCGAUUCCUAUCCUGAUUUCAAUAAGGAGACUAUCGAUGGUAUGCUUUUGGUUAUUGUUGAGAAGGUUGUUUCGGAGAUCGAAAAGGGUGGUGUUGAGCAGAUGCUUGGAUCGUCAGAGUCUACUCCUUCGCAGGACUUUAGCGAGGAUUUGUGGAGAACGGUGUGGGAGGUGAGUAAUAUGGUUUUGGAUGAUAUGAAAAAGGCAACCAAGAAGGAGAAAAUGAAGAGUUUUUUGCAAUGUGAAGAGGUUAAGGAGAUGUGUAGGUUUGCUGGUGAGAUUGGUAUUAGAGGGGAUAUGUUGAGGGAGCUGAGGUUCAAGUGGGCUCGUGAAAAAAUGGAAGAAAGCGAGUUUUAUCAAAGUUUGGAGCGUUUCAAAGAGGAAGCUAAACCUCAAGAAGAACUAGGUGAAGAAGCUAUGGCCGAAGGGGCGGAGGCUGCUGUUGUGGUUGAGGAGGAGAAGUCUAAAGCUGUGUCUCUUCCCAAGAGACGAGGGAAAAUAAGGUACAAGAUAUAUGGUCUUGAUCUUUCUGACCCAAAGUGGGCUAUGGUGGCAGAUAAAGUUAAUGAGGCUGGGGAGGUAAUUUGGCCUGAAGAACCGAAACCAAUAUCUGGGAAAUGCAAACUUGUCACAGAUAAAAUAUUUUCAUUAACGGAAAAAGAUGAUCCGUCCCCACUUUUGGCUGAAUGGGCAGAGCUUCUUCAACCUGGUAGGGUUGACUGGAUCAAUUUGCUUGAUAGAUUGAAAGAGCAGAAUACUCUGUUGUACUUUAAGGUAGCAGAACUUUUAUUAAGCGAGAAGUCUUUCCAAGCAAAUAUUCGCGACUACUCAAAGCUUAUCGACGCUCAUGCUAAAGAGAACCAUUUGGAAGACGCAGAGAGAAUCCUCAAAAAAAUGACUGAAAAUGGCAUCACGCCUGAUAUUUUGACUGCCACUGUUUUGGUUCACAUGUACAGCAAGGUAGGAAAUCUUGAACGUGCAGAAGAAGCAUUUGAGAGCUUGAAGGUUCAGGGUUUCCAACCAGACUUGAAGCUUUACAAUUCCAUGAUCAUGGCUUAUGUCAAUGCCGGGCAACCGAGAAAGGGGGAGACAAUAAUGAGGGAGAUGGAAGUAAGAGAUAUCAAACCCACAGAGGAGAUAUACAUGGCUUUACUCCGAUCCUUUUCCCACAAAGGAGAAUCCGGUGGAGCAGGACGAAUUGCCACAACCAUGCAAUUUGCUGGGUUCCAAGCAAAUACCGAGAUUUGUAAAUUGCUUGUUCAGGCAUAUGGGAAAGCCGGUGAGCCUGAUCAGGCAAGGAGCAACUUUGACUACUCAAGAAAACUUGGUCAAAUGCCAGACGACGAGUGUACUGCGAGCAUGAUUGCAGCUUAUCAAAAGAAGGACUGCUUGGAUAAAGCAUUGAAUCUUUUGUUGCAGCUUGAGAAGGAUGGAUUCGAACCCGGAGUUGCUACUUACACUGUUCUUGUGGAUUGGCUAGGAAAACUACAACUAGUUGAGGAGGCUGAGCAAGUAGUGGCCAAAAUUUCCGAGCUGGGUGAGGCUCCUCCGCUUAAACUCCAUGUAAGCCUUUGUGAUAUGUAUUCAAGGGCCGGAGUUGAGAAAAAGGCUCUACAAGCUUUGGGGGUUCUGGAGGCUAGAAAGGAAGAAUUGGGUUCAGAAGAGUUUGAGAGGAUUAUAGGGGCACUUGUUAAUGGCGGCUUUAAGCAACAUGCUGAUAGGAUGCGGCGGUUGAUGGAGGCCCAAGGUUUCACCAUUUCAGAGCCACUGAAUGUACAAUUAACGGCAAGGCAAACUUUUCGCCGCACCAGACUACCCGGUAUGAGAUAGUUCGGACUCGUUUAAGUUCAAGUUUUUUUAGUUAUUGUUUGAAUAGUUUACUCGGAUGAGUUUUUCAAAGCACAAAAAUAUGUUUUGAUGUAAUAAAAUAGAGAAUCUGUUGUUAGAAAAUGGAUGAAGUAGGAAAUUUUGAAAUUU